UGCAUGUACAUACCAGUAAAAAAAAACCUGUCAAACAGGUGUGGGUGAGGAAACAUCAGACAACAACGCCCCGAGCUCAUUUCAACCCAACCCUACUCUCGGAUACCGUCUGUCCUGCCCUGAAUUGCCUUUAGCUUGUUAAAGCUGAGAUUAGAAGGAUGUUAGGCAACGGCAACACUACAAGCAAAGUGGUCUUUGUUGCGUUCGGGUUGAUCCUAGGAUACAGUCUAUCGUUGUUGCAAAACUUCAACACCACAGUCAACAUCCUUCCUACCGCCAGCCACGAUGUGCCUCUUCGCUCGUCCUUAGACGAUUCUUUUCGGUCCCCUGUCCUGUAUAGGCCUCCACAAAUACCGCAGGGGAAAGAACAGACGCUACAGGAAAAAGAUGGUCCACGGAAAAUACUGCUGGACUGUGGAGCUAAUGUCGCAUCUACUGUACAGUUAUUCCGAGAGACCUACCCUGAUGGAAGGAAUUACAUCAUCCACUCGUUUGAGCUCGACGUGAGGCUGGCUCCCUACUUUGCAUCCUACUCCAACCACGUCCUGCACUGUCCGGUCGCCGUGGCGGGGGAGGACGGAAACAUCACUGCCUACGCCGAGUCAGCCUGGAAGCCCGACAAAGGUGCAGUCGCCGGCAAAGAUAUGCAGUGGGGAGGCGGGGCGAUCUACGCCUCAGAGUCAGAGAAGCAGGGUGAAAUUCACGGCCGGCGAUUCGGCGUAAAGAACGUCAUACCGAUGGUGGACCUGUCCACGUGGAUACAAGAAAACACUGCCCUGGAAGACUACGUUAUCUUCAAGCUAGACGUCGAGGGAGCUGAGUACGAAAUCCUGGAGAAGAUGGUCAAAGAAGGGACCUUCCGAUGGGUUGACAAGUUUUAUGGCGAGUUCCACGACUCGUUUCCUAUACCAGGCUGGUCAGUCCAAAGAAAACAACAACUCAGGAGUACUUUGAAUUCCCAAGGCAUCAAGAUGUUGGAUUGGGCAGGAGAGUACAAAAAGUAUCAAGACAUGGAAGAACUUCACAAGGUUGAGAUCCCGGAGGGCACCCCUGGAGCUGCCGGAGUGGUCUACUCCAACUGUGCUACCGGCGGUCCGGCCCGCCUGGCCCUGACGGUUCAGCUCGGGAUGGGCAGGAAGGCAGCCCACAAGCUGGUGGAGACGAUCCGGGCGCACCCCAGCAACAUGCCGGUCACGCUGUUCGUCUACGGGGACUUCGUGCAGGACUUCCCGGACCUGGUCAUGAAGUGGGCCGUCAGAUUUACGAUAGGAAUACGAGAGAAUGCGCCGUUCCCAGCAGACCACUGGGUCCUACAGAACGCUGACGUCAUGCGAAUGAGUCUGGUGUCUGCCGUACAGCGGAUGAGGGAAGUGGGGAUCCGACCAGCCUAUUACUACCCGGACGGUCUGUCGGAUCGAGUCAAAGAUACAGCUAAGAACAGAGGACUGAGGAUCAUUCAGCCGACAACCAAGUUUCCACCAAACUUAGGUAAGUUGGAGCUAUAAUAGUAAUCUUUGGCU